AUGAGUGUAAAUUACGGUUCAUACCAAGGUCAGUGCGUUAUUUGCGGUGGCCCAGGAAUCUCGGACGCUUCUUACUGUCGGGAAUGUACGCAGCUGGAAAAAGAUCGUGAUGGUUGCCCCAAGAUUGUCAACCUCGGAAGCUCCAAGAUGGAUCUUUUUUACGAACGCAAGAACUUUGGCAAGCUCUUCUUUCUCCAAAAUUCAUUAGUUGACGAGCGAAUUGCCAAAAAUCAUGAAGGCGACAAACACGUGUUAAGAUCUGCGCGGUGGAUGUUUUUGAGGAACUCUAAAAAAACGCUCGGCCUUGUGGUCCAGAGAGAAGGGUAA